UUUGUUUGAGUCGUCCUCAGGCCUUGUUGUCUGAUAGAAAGCGAUAUGUCUCUCCGAUCCCGGUGGUGAGUGACUGCGCACCGCAGACGUCGCGGGUCACGUCGAACUUGCACAGCAGCAGUAGCAUGGCGGUGAGCCGGGUUCCGAGCCCUCCGCCGCCCGAAGUCAACACGCCCGUCGCCGAGAACUGGUGCUACACGCAGGUGAAGGUGGUCAAGUUCAGCUACAUGUGGACAAUAAACAACUUCAGCUUCUGCCGAGAGGAAAUGGGUGAAGUCCUCAAGUCGUCUACUUUCUCGGCAGGGGCAAACGACAAACUUAAAUGGUGCCUGAGAGUGAAUCCUAAGGGUUUGGACGAGGAAAGUAAAGACUACCUCUCUUUAUAUCUACUGCUUGUCUCGUGCAACAAAUCCGAAGUCAGAGCAAAGUUCAAAUUUUCUAUUCUUAAUGCCAAAAGGGAAGAAACCAAAGCUAUGGAGAGCCAGCGAGCCUAUAGGUUUGUGCAAGGAAAGGACUGGGGGUUCAAAAAAUUCAUACGAAGAGAUUUCCUACUAGACGAAGCAAAUGGACUUUUGCCCGAUGACAAACUCACGAUAUUCUGUGAGGUAAGUGUCGUUGCCGAUAGCGUAAACAUCUCUGGGCAGAGUAAUACGAUACAAUUCAAAGUUCCCGAAUGCCGGCUACCCGACGAUCUUGGACUGCUAUUUGAAAACCAAAAAUUCAGUGAUGUCACACUCACCGUUUGCGGUAGAGAAUUCCAGGCACACAAAGCGAUACUUGCUGCUCGAAGUCCUGUAUUUUCGGCAAUGUUUGAGCAUGAAAUGGAGGAACGAAAACAAAACAGAGUCGAUAUAACGGACGUUGAUCACGAAGUCUUGAGAGAAAUGUUACGCUUUAUAUAUACGGGGAAAGCGGCAAAUUUAGAAAAAAUGGCUGACGAUUUACUCGCAGCUGCAGAUAAAUAUGCACUUGAGAGGCUUAAAGUAAUGUGCGAAGAGGCGUUAUGUACGAGUUUAGCUAUUGAGAAUGCGGCGGAUAUUCUUAUCCUUGCCGAUCUUCAUAGCGCUGAUCAACUCAAAGCGCAAGCCAUAGAUUUUAUUAACACACAUGCAACAGACGUGAUGGAUACAGCAGGGUGGAAAUCAAUGAUCCACUCUCAUCCGCACCUCAUAGCAGAAGCUUUCCGCGCUUUAGCGACCCAACAGAUCCCACCAAUCGGUCCGCCGAGGAAACGGAUGAAGCAAAGCUGAAAGCAGACGCCCUUAGCCCCGGGGAUAACGACAACGUCGCCCCCUCCUCUAUUACAUCCCUCUUGACUCUGUGUACAGUGAUGAAAAGGAAAGGACAGAAGAUAAGAUUAGUGGUGAAUAAUAAAGUCAAUGUUUCCUAGCGAGCCCCUCACCACUGUCACCACCACCUGGUCCAGAGUCCAGAUAUUGAAUCCGGAAAUAGCUAAUGACUGACUUGUCGCAUGGAUGAGCUGGCAUAACGUAAACAUGAUACAGAUGAGCCAGAGAAAAUAUCCGGUUUCAAGCGAUACGAUAUAGCUAAGGCGCAUUCCACCAAACCAGACUUUCGUGUUCUGUGACCACUGUCGGUGGUAGAGAUAUUGUGACUGUGUCACUCGUCGCUCGCUCACGAUAAAAACAUUAAA